AUGGAGAGGGCUCGCUUCUUACGGGCGGCGCCCCCGUUCCUCUUCCCCGACGGGGCGGCGGGCGAGCGAACGGAGGAGGAGGCCGACCGAGGGGCGCGCACGGAGCGCGGCGGCGGCGGCGGCUGCCCUGCCGCGGGGCCCAGGAAGCGGAAGCGGACCACCUUCACCCGGGGCCAGCUGAGCGAGCUGGAGCGCGUCUUCGCUGCCUUGCCCUACCCGGACAUCGGCACCCGGGAGCUCCUGGCCGAGCGCACGCAGCUGCCUGAAGCCAAGAUCCAGGUCUGGUUCCAGAACCGGCGCGCGCGCAGGAUCAAGAGCAGCCCCGCGCUCCGUCGGGCCUCAGCCGUCAGCAAGCCGCCCCGCCCGGGCGCCGCCGGCGGUGGCGGGCAAGCGCCUGUGGCUGCUGCGCCUUCGCCGUCCGUCUUCCUCUGCCGCGGGGAGGAGGCGGCUGGCCCGCCCCCGCCGCCGCCUCGGUGGCCGGGGAGCGCCGGGCAGGAGGUGGGCGACGAGGGGCCGGCGGCGGCGGCGGCGUGGGCUGCUCUUUCGCGCACCUCGCUGGGCUCCAUCUCGGACCUCAUCUACAGCGCCGCGCUGGUGGCCAACUUUGGCGAGUUCUAG